CAAUGUUAUUCUGCAGAUCUCUGCUCGUCGCCUGCAGUUGCAUUUCUUCUUAUACCGCCGCCCAAGAUGCGCAGGAAGAGCUCCCAAAUGGGCAAAGUAGCGUGCCCCUCUUCCGUAACCCGUGGGCCAACGACCUGGUGACAGGUGAUUAUUCAUUUAAGCUCAAAUGGGACGUCAAGGGUGGCCGAGAUCGAACAGAAACGUAUAAACUAGGAUGGUGUUACGCGCUAGCAACAUCCAAGGAUAUACUAUUACAGCUGGCGACGAGUACAUAAUUUAUGCGGAAGUGUGGGAGAAAUAUCCCAAAAGAGGAAAGCAAUGGUGUCCCAACUUUCAAGGGCCGACCAAUGGCAAGGUAUAUUGGGGACCGCAUAGGGUUGACACAGUGUGCCUCAGCGGUGUACCAAACGAUGGCUGGAUUAGGCCCAAGCCAAAAUGCCCUAGAGAAGACUCUAUCGUUGAUUUCCCAAGCACUGAUGAUGAUUAUUGGAGCAUGG